AUGGCAGUGCCAGCUGCAAAGUUUCUUUUGUUUCUUUCUCUCUUUGGGGGCAAACCUUUCUCAGCGGCUGCUCUAGAUAACUGUGUUUUCUUGGGAGAAGACGAGAAAAACAGUCUGUACGAAGAUGGAGAUGUUGUUAUAGGGGGCUUAUUCCCUUUACACUACAGCCCUGUGGCAUCUCUUCAACCAUACACAACAAAACCAGCACCUACUAUGUAUAAUUUCAGCUCUCGCGCUGUGCGUUGGAUGCAGACCAUGACUUUUGCAAUCAAAGAGAUCAACCAGCGUAGUGACCUCCUGCCACAGCUUAAGCUGGGUUUCCACAUUCGUGACAGUUGUGAUGACAUACCUGUGUCUCUGAGAGCAUCCUUGCUGUUGGUGAACGGACAGCCAGAGGCAGACAUCAGAGCUGAGAGUGAGAACAGAGACAAAGGCUGUGCUGCUGUCCAAAGCACUGUGUCCCCUGUAAUCAUAGGAGAUGCUGCCUCUGGGGUGUCGAUGGCCCUGCUGCGGAGCCUGGGUUCUUUCCAUAUCCCCCUGGUGAGCUAUUUUGCGUCCUGCAGCUGUCUGAGUAACCAGAGAGAGUUCCCCACAUUCAUGCGCACCAUGCCCAGUGACGCCUUUCAGAUCAGAGCUCUGGCCCAGCUGGUUAGCUAUUUUGGCUGGACCUGGGUGGGGGUCAUUGGCGUGGAAUCUGAUUACGCUCGCUUUGCUAUCCAGCUUUUCCUGCAGGAGUCAGUGCAGUACGGAGUGUGUGCUGCCUAUACUCACUUCUACCCUGUAAUCCUGAGUCAGCAUGCUCUAGAUGAGCUCCUGGAUGUAAUUCAGAUGGCUUCUUCAAAGGUCAUAAUUAACUUUAGUAGUGAAUCAGAAAUGAAGGGCAUUCUGAGCGAGAUGCAACGUCGGAAUAUAACCAGCCUGCAGUGGAUUGCCAGUGAAGCUUGGGCCACUGCCAAAUCUCUCUGGGAAAAGUCUAAAGAUCUGCUAACAGGAACACUAGGAUUUGCAAUCCAGAGAGCUGAUGUGAUUCCAGGGCUGAGAAAACAUCUUGCCAGUCUUGGAUCGUCCAAUAUUCAUGAAUCAGCUUUCUUCACAGAAUUGUGGGAGGAGAUGUUUAACUGCCGACUGAAUGGGUCUGUGAAUGGCCAUUCACACAGUGGCGACAACUACCUUGACAGAUUGCCAUGUAAAGGGACGGAGGAUUUAAAUGAUGUUUACUCUCCUUAUUCUGAUGUGACACAGCUAAGAGUGUCAUAUAAUGUCUACAAGGCUGUAUAUGUGGUGGCCCAUGCCUUACAGGAUAUGAGUAACUGCAUAGUCGGAGAGGGGCCUUUCCUUAAUGGUGCAUGUGCAGACCCAAAGAAUGUUAAACCUUGGCAGCUAAUUCACUACAUGAGGCUAGUUAAUUUUUCUGCGCUGGGAGAGAAAGUCAACUUUGAUCACAAUGGUGACCCCAUUGCUUAUUACGAUCUCAUGAACUGGCAAAGGAGGCCUGAUGGCUCACUGCAUUUGGUAAAAGUCGGUUUCUAUGAUGCCUCUUCACCUGGACGCAGCCUAGUCAUCAAUGAGUCAGUGAUUCAGUGGCCUGUUGGGAAGCAGGCUUUCAAGUCUGUAUGCAGCAACAGUUGUCCUCCAGGUUCCCGCAUCGCCAGGAGAAAAGGGGAACCAAUCUGCUGCUUCGACUGUGUCCCCUGUGCUGAGGGAGAAGUUAGUAAUGAGACUGAUUCUUUAGAGUGCUCACGCUGCUCGAAGGACACAUGGCCAAAUAAAGUUAGAGAUCUCUGCAUCCCAAAGACAACUGAGUUCCUGUCUUACCAUGAGUCAAUGGGUAUUGUGCUGUGCAUUGUGUCUGUCCUUGGAGCUUGUAUUUCUCUCUCCAUCCUCGCCAUAUUCUUCAAAUACAAAGACACACCACUGGUUCGGGCCAACAACAUGGAAUUAAGCUUCCUUCUCUUGGUCUUUCUUGCUGUUUGUUUCCUUGUUGGCUUGUUGUUUAUUGGUGAGCCUUCAGACUGGCUUUGCCGUAUCAGGUACCCUGCAUUUGGCAUCAGUUUUGCCCUCUGCAUUUCAUGCCUCCUGGCCAAGACAGUAGUGGUCCUAAUGGCUUUUAGGUCCACACUGCCAGGGAAUAAUGUCAUGAAGUGGUUUGGACCCAGCCAGCAGAGAGCCAGUGUACUUUUAGGAACUGUUGUUCAGGUGAUAAUCUGUCUUAUAUGGCUGCUCACCAGUCCACCUCAUGCCAACAGCAACACAGAUUACAAUGCUUCCAUCAUCAUUGAGUGUGUUACUGGUUCAGAUGUCGGCUUCUGGUGUGUCCUUGGAUACAUUGGCAUCUUGGCCUGCAUGUGCUUUCUGAUGGCAUUUUUGGCCCGCAAGCUGCCGGAUAAUUUUAACGAGGCAAAAUUCAUCACCUUCAGCAUGCUGAUAUUCUUCGCAGUUUGGAUUACUUUUAUUCCAGUUUAUGUGAGCACGGCUGGGAAAUAUACAGUGGCUGUCCAUAGUUUUGCUAUUCUAGCCUCAGCUUUUGGUCUCCUUUUUUGCAUUUUUGCUCCAAAGUGCUACAUCAUAAUUCUGAAACCGAAUAAAAACAGCAAGAAAAACAUGAUGCAAAGAUCAAAAUGA